AUGACCACCUCGAACAACAAUGCGGCUUCAGGGUACUAUGGUGGCCUCGAGGUCGAUAGCAGACCAGGGCACGGAGGUGAAUGGGGCGCGGACGACUUUGCAAAAUUUCGGGUGGCCGAUCAGAACAAUUUGCCCGAAGUUCACAAUAGCGGCGGCGAAUUCCCGGAAGUCAGCCACCAGUAUGGCCACGACUACUCGAUGAUGCAGGCCGUUCAACCGACGGACGGCAGCCCUGCGGCAACAUACCAAAACCCUUCAUACCAGAACGAAGGCUUACACGAGACCGGAUACUACGUAUCGAAAGACCAAUAUCCGCCCGAGGUCGUAACGGACGAAAAGCACGAGCAGAACAAUCCCGGAACAAUAUGCGGUGUGCGGAAGAAGGUCUUCUGGGUCGUUCUGGCUAUAGCGCUCUUUAUUGUUGUCGGCGCAGCACUUCGCUCGAAAAAUCUCAUGAUGUCGUCGUGGAACUCGAGUACAAACGUGUGGUCCUCAGCCAUCGCAAAUAGGGAUAGCAAUGUCAAAGCGGGCACUCCGAUUAGCAAUAGUUUAUUUUGGCACAGCAAUACCACCCGCGACGUUCGCAUCUACUAUCUGAACGAUGAUAACCAAGUUGCUGGCCAGAUCAACGGCAAUCCUAUCUAUGGAAUGACUUGGGACAAGUCUGGAGUCUCGGACACGUUUACUGCGAGCCCGAAUUCACAGCUCCUCUCCAAUGGCAUAUAUACCCCCGACUCAUACCUCUCCAACUUGCACUCUACGUGUACUCCGCCGGACUGGGGAAAGACGGACUGGGUGGCAGUUGGCAUAUCGACCGACUUUGGAAAGCCCGCGGAGGGCACUGGGUUGUUUCUGAUCCCUGUCUACACCAAGGAGUCGACCAAGAGGAUGUGCCUCUUCUACACCACUGAGUCAGGGUCACUUACCCAGCUGACCUUGACAAACGACAACGACUGGACUAAUAACACGUUACCCACGACACUGGAAACAAACACUACAAUCACGGCUUUUUCAAGUGGAUAUAAUAACACCAAUCUCGUAAUGCACGUAUUAGCGACACAGGCAAAUAAACCGCCGGUGCUGACAACGUAUAAUGAAGGAGAAUGGUCGAACGCGGGGGAGAUUUCCACCAUGUCGGGUGAUGACAGGCCAGUCAAGAUAACUGCUAACUCGGCUGGUAGAGUAUACGGUCUGGUGCAGAGGAGUAAUGAUAAGGUUGAGAUCGUGGAAUGGGAGUGGAUUGGCGGCACAACAUACAACAAAAUAGGUGUGGUAGAUACAGUGUCAUGA